AUGUUAUCUCUACUAUCGCUGAUAAUUGCAUCUGGAACUGUGUUACGAGCUGAUACCGAGGUAUGUUUGAUCAAAUCUCAAUUUUCAAGAGUGUGACAUUUUUUGUGUUGAUGUUCGGAAUAAAAAAACCAAAAAAGGAACAUCAAAUACUCGAGAUAUUUUCGUGUUUAUCCGUUCAUUUUUUUCUCUAUACUUGUUCAAAGUUGAAGAAAACAGUGAUACAUUUGAUAUGUUACCAUUUGUUUAUUUGUGCCACUUUGUUGACCUGUGGCUAUUUUGUGUUGAUCAUAAAAACUGUGAAGAGAUAGAGAGGAGAGUGAGAUAUUUGGAAACGAGCUCAUUUAUCAAGUGGCUGUUCAUGAAUUUUUCGAGCACAUAGAUGAUGAUAAUAAAUGGAAAGUGUAUAUUUACGCGUUUUCUAUAGUUGUUUUGAAAAAUAUCAAAAUGAAAUUGUAUUUUAUGAAAAAUGUAGCUAUAUAGAUUUUGAGUGAUUUCAUAGGACUUUCUCAAAAACAAAUAAUUUUUACCUAAUUUUCAAAUUGGGAUUCGGGAAAAAAAGGAUCUAUACAAAUAAACACAAAAAAAUUAAAACACAAACCCCUUUGCAGCUUUGGGAACCAUCAACUUACCCGGAUCCGCGUACAAACGCAACUGAAUGCAAUGUUCCACACGAUGGAACUCUCUGCGAUCCUGAUCAUAUUCUAACCGACACUUGGCGCCAAACAAUUCUCGACAAUGUUCAACAACAUCUAACAAGUAAUAAAAAAAUUUUUAACACGAUUAUAAUUUUGUUUUUGUAGAACUUCAAGACGCAAAAAUACAAUACAUUGAAGAUGCGAGUCCCGAGUGUUCGUCAAAUUCAACAGAACCUGUUCAGAUUUUUAUUAUUCUCGCAAAACGCAUUCAUACAGCAAGCAACCAAUCGAUAACAAGUGCUGAUUUAGUGAGUGAAGGGGGUUUUUGAUUUCAAAAAAUUGUUAUUUUUAGACUCAAUUUGGUCACGGUAUUCGAGAAGCAUUUGGUUUAGAUCACAUGCCAUGCAAAAACUAUAUUCUAGUUUUGGGAGUCGAACUUGCCAAGCAAAUCUACCUUUGGGUAACUAUAAAAUUUUCAAGCAUAGGAAUUACAUGUUCUGUUUCAGACUGGUUCUGAUUUGGCUAUUCCAAAAGAACAACUUGAUAACUCUCUGGCUCAAUACAAAAACUUGUUCACAGAGCGAAACUACAUGGAAGGUUUGAAUAAAAUUGUUGAUGAAAUCAGUUCACUUCUCCUCGAUCCAUAUAAGGAAUAUUCAACAACAAGUGCACCAGAGGAAACCACUGAAAAUCUCACCAAUACAACAUUUGAAACUACAACUAUUGCCAAUCCUGAACUUCCUAUUCCAAAGUAAAUUUUCACAGUAGUUUUUAAACAGAAAACAUGUGUUUUUUUUCAGAUGGAUGUAUGCGAUUCUUGCAAUCUGUAUGCUUGUAACUGCUUCCACCGUUUGUUUCUUUGUGUUUUAUUACACAAAGAAUUUCAGAAAUCGAAAGACUUUUCCCGUUGAUUUAGAGCAAAAACCAGCGUGAGUAUGGUUGAGGGAAAUUUUUGACAAAAAAAAGCAUAAAACUUUGCUUUUUUUCGAAACAUGAAAUAUGGUUUUUUUAUUUUUAGGGUUUCAAAAAAUUGAACAUUUAUUUUCAAAUCAAUCAAGUUUCAUAGAUCAUUAAAAGUUCCUUAUUGUUAAAGUAAAAAAAACAUUUGUUAAUUUGACCAACCACACAGUAAAUAAAAUCAUAAUCCCAAUAACCAACAUCAAAAAAACGCCUGACAAAGUUUAUGAUAUCAUCUCAAGUUUUAUGAAAUUUUUGGGAUUGCAGUUUUUUUAUGUUGAGAAAUUAUAGGAUAUAAUUGUACAAAAAAUUCACGAAUCUCAAAAACUUCAAAGAUAAGUUCGGAACCAAACAAAACCAUAAAAUUCCAGCGUAACUGUCAACAAUGAUGACUUUGUUCUUGAAAACGGUGAACGUCGUCGUCGCAGCAUCGAUUCGGAGAACAGCCAUCAACCAAAAUCUGAGCACAGCGAUAUUCCAGACAAUUGUUCUAUUGCUAGCCUUGAUUACCGUCAUGAACACAAUUAUGAAAAUGCAACAUCAACCAAAGUCACACUGAAUGAUUGCCGUCUUUCAACAGAUAAUGUUGUCACAAGAAGAAAUAGUGAAUUAUGCGCAUCACAAAUUCAAGUUGAAGAUCAAUUUUCAUCACUCUAA